AUGGAUACAUUGAAUCGCAUUACAGAUGAAUUUGAAAAUAUAAUAUCAAUAAUAAAAAACAAAAACUCUACGGAAAGAGUUCAAAUCUUAAAGAAAGAUAUCCAAACAUUGUUCACGGAAUUGGUAUUGCUGGGCAAAGAGAACAAUGAGCAGUACGUAAGAUCCCUCGCUAUGGAAGGUUAUCUUACACUUCUGUCAACUAAAGUUAUACCAAUAUCUCUAGGUGAAAAACGAAAUAUUCUUCAAACAGCAUACGACAAAUUGAAGCCAUAUGCCCUUCAUGAUGAGUGCCUCUUUGUUCUACUUAGAAUCCAAAACCUCUUAUGCUACUACCUUAUUCAACUUAAUCAGCUUAACCUCGCUCGUGAUAUAUUAGAAAGCGUAGAGGAACUAUAUGAUAAAAUUAGUAAUACUGAACCAAAUAAGUUCCUCGAUGCCGAAGACUUGUUUACUAUAGAACCAAUAAAUAACAUCAAACGGGUGAACCCUGAAAAAAUCGAUAAAAUUAUUACAAACAACGUACAAAUGCAAGCAUUCCUGUAUAACAAACUAAAUAUACCAGAAAAAUAUACACUCUAUAACCAUACUGCGCUGCGCAGACAACUAGAAAUGAAAGAAGGAACGCCACAAGACUGGGCUCUGCGUGCGGCGAGACUGGGCAAUUAUUUUACAUAUCUCAAUGAAAUGGGCAACGCUCGUCACCACCUUUGCGCUGCGUAUCACGUGUUAAGAACAUGUCAUGACAACUGCAAGCUCAUACCAGGAGAAUUUGUAUUGCAAAAAGCCGACUUUGAGAUGCACUUCUUAGAAUUAAGCCAUCACUGGGUGAAGUACGGCUUAACUCUGUUCAAAUUAUCUAAAAAAGUAAUACUCAAUCGCUACUUCUCUCAACCUACAUCCAGGUCUGAUCUAUGGAGAACGGUUGAUUUACUCGAAGAUAAUCAUUUCGAAAACGCCGAGAAAUUCGAUGAAGAUAACUCAAAAGAUUCAGGUGCGGAAAAGGAAGAUUGCAAUGUCAAGAGGGAUAAAUUGUUUACCUUUCCGUCAUUAAACUUAACGGAAACUGAAAAUCGAGUACCACUGAAAAUGGUGACCGAUUCUGAAGAGGCAAGGAAAUUGUUCGCUUUCACUCACAAGUGGUUGAUGAGAGCGAAACAUUAUUAUGACUUCGAACAUCACUCUGCUCAAUACAUAACUUGUUCGUUGCAACUGGCAGAAUUGUAUGAACACUUGGCAUUCUUCGAAAGAAAUAUUGACAACCAAUACAGUAUACAGAAGAGAAGGGCUGAAGUUCUUGAAAUCUUGAACACAUUGUUGAAGACAUGCGAUAACCAGAUGUCCGUACAAAUUGACGUGAUCAGAGAGCUGUCGCAAGUGCAGCUGGAGUUGAUGGCGUUGAAUCUCCAGAAGCUGUGGCGCGAAGAAUCGCAGACUAAUAUAUUAAACUUAGACACCGAUGCUGAUACUAUAAUCAACUCUCUAGGUUCAGAAUCCAAUAAAACUUUAACAGAGAAGACUUUAAACGCUUCCAGCAAAAAUGCGUUUCUAAAAAAGAUGGAAGCGGCAACUGCAAUUAACGGGAAACUGUUUCGUCUCAGUGGUCAACUGUCGCCGUCUCAACUGAGCUUCACUACAAGUUUGUUUAAAAAUUGAAAUAUCUAGUGCAACUGUUAAAUCAGAAGCAAUAAGGCGCUGUACUGAUUAUUAUUUUAUUUAAAGAUAUUUAUAUAUAAUAAAACAAUUCAUUGACUUGUAAUUUAUGGUAUUUAAAUCCUUUAUAGAGUCCGUAGUCUCAUUAAUGCCAUUUUCGGAAUUUCCCCGCUGCCGUGUUACCCCAAAGCGCCCUAUAUAAACUUGUCGGAAAACACGUCCGUCGAAUCGUAGUGUUGUGUAUGAAUUUAGAAAGUCUUUUUUGUGAAGCUAGUUCUUUUUUAACAGUAUUUUUUGGAAGUCGGUUUAACUUUUUAAAUUGUUUUUCUCUCUUUUUUUAUUUAAAGAGUUUAUAAUUCGCCAACACAGUCUCUUACUUUAGAAAACUGGAUACUUCAUCUAAAGCAGCUAUGCUAUCUGUAAUCAAAUCAAUCUUGGACUCGACGUCGCUUUUACAGAAGUUCAAUGAAAUAAGUCGUUGAUAUCUUUUUAUAAAAAGUAGACUCAAUUUAAUAGAACCUCUAUGCCCUGACAGCGUUGUGUUUUAAGUCGAUUUUGACGCUGAAAUUAUUAUUAGAUCCGUAUUAUUUUGCUCUUAGAUGGUACUGGAUGUGUCAUUCAGUUCCAAUAUCAUUAUCAAUUAAGUUGUUGUAAAGCCAACUUAAUUGUGAUAAUUUUCCUUUUAACUUCGUUAUGUUAUGUACUACUACCGUAACGUUUAAAUUUUUACCAACGAUCGUUUAAUUGGUAAAGGGGGGAACACUUGACUCUACCAAAAAUUAGCUCUUUAAAGCUUAAUAACUCCCAAAGAGUUUACUA